CAUUUUUGUCUCUCACAUAAGCCAACCACUGAACUCUAACCGGAAUUACGGGCCCUAUCCUGCCGCGUGGGGGAAAGAACGCCUAGCCCGCGUGCGGCUCAGCGUGUAUAUAUAUACCGCUCGACCUGCCCGGUUUUGCUGCUCCCCCAUUCGUACUACACACUAAUAUUCUACAAUGUCCGUUACAUACUCCAACGGCCCAGACCCAGCCUCUACCAUUGCUAAGGAGAGAGCCCAGACCAACUUCGACCUCGAUGUCAUGAACCAGUUCCUCGAGGGAGGCAGCGCCGAACAGGCGGCCAUAGUCAAGAGCAUUUACCUCCAGUUCGAGCGCGACCCAAUCCUUUCCACAUCCACCGCCGUGUACGACCUCACCAAGGAGCAGAAGCGCGAGCUCACCGCAAGAAAGAUCGCGCGCAUGGCGCAGUACCUCGAGAAUGACACGCCAGCCGUGUUCAGCAAGCGCUUGCAUCUCAUGAACACGGUCGACCCGCAGGUCGGGACCAGAAUCGCGAUCAACUUGGGCCUUUUCCUUAACUGCGUCCGCGGUAAUGGGACCGAUGAGCAGUUCAACUUCUGGAUCCACACCAAGGGCACAUCGCAAUUGAAGGGGAUCUACGGGUGUUUCGGGAUGACCGAACUUGCACACGGCUCCAACGUUGCCGGAUUAGAAACCACCGCAACCUUUGACGUUGAAACCGAUGAGUUUGUCAUCAACACGCCUCACGUGGGGGCCACCAAGUGGUGGAUCGGCGGUGCUGCGCACUCCUCCUCCCACUGUGCCGUCUAUGCCCGUUUGAUCGUCAAGGGCGUCGACCAUGGGGUCAAGACCUUUGUGGUGGCGUUGAGAGACGCCAACCACGAAUUGAUGCCGGGUGUUUCUGUUGGUGAUAUCGGCGCCAAGAUGGGUAGAGAUGGUAUCGAUAACGGCUGGAUCCAGUUCAACAAUGUCCGCAUCCCACAUGCUUACAUGUUGUCCAAGUACGACAAGGUUGCCAGAGAUGGAACCGUCAGCAAUGCGCCAUUGGCGCAGUUGGCGUACUCUGCGCUUUUGGACGGCAGGGUCACCAUGAUCUAUGACUCCUUCAGGUUCGGCUCCCGUUUUGUCACUAUUGCGUUGCGCUACGCCGUCGCCAGAAGACAGUUUGGGACGAACUCCGACGGCUUGGGUGGGGAGGAGCAGUUGUUGAACUACCCCUUACACCAGAACAGAUUGUUGCCGUACCUUGCGUCUGUGUACGCGAUGUCCGCCACCGGCGACAAGAUGAACCAUUACCUCGAGGAUGUCAUCAACAACUUGGAGGCGUCGGUAAAGACUGCUGAUAUGAGGAAGAUCGGUGCUUCGAUCGAAGAUAUGAAGAAUUUGUUUGUGAUCUCCGCCAGUUUAAAGUCCACUUGCACCUGGUUGGUCUCCUCGUUGAUUGAUGAGUGUCGCCAGGCCUGCGGUGGCCACGGCUACUCCGCCUACUCUGGGUUCGGCCAGGGCUACACCGACUGGGUUGUCCAGUGCACCUGGGAGGGGGACAACAACGUCUUGGCCAUGUCUGCUGGUAAGACCAUCGUGCAGAACGUGCAAAAGGUGCUCAAGGGCAAGAAGAAUCCAAGUGAGUUUGCCUUCUUGAACAGCUACAAGGCCGGCGAGACGUCUGAGGUAUUGAAGGGCCCUGUUGGGAACUUGUCCACCUUGUUGGUGACGUUCCAGACCUUGGUCGGGAGAUUGUCUGGCCACGCCAACGAGAUUUUGGGACAAAAUGGUGGUUCUUGGGAGGUUAUCUCUGUCCACCAAGUCAACAUCUCCAAGAUCUUUGCCCACACCUACAUCUUGAGCACCUUUACCAAGAGAAUUGCCGAGGUGUCUGACCCUGCCGUCAAGACCCAAUUGACCCAGUUGGCCCAGUUGUACGCGUUGUCUACCUUGUCCCAGUACUCUUCGUUGUUCCUCCAGUACAAUGUGCUCUCUGCUACCACUUUGGCGGAGGUUCAGGCCGAGGUUGGUGUCUUGAACACCAGGGUUAGACCACAGGUGGUUGGCUUGACUGACGCCUUCCAGAUGCCAGACUUUGCCAUCAACUCGGCGUUGGGUUCCAAAGCGGGGAAUAUUUACGAAACCUACUUUGGGUUGGUCAAGAAUCAGAACGAUCCAUCUGUAACCAAGGCGCCAUACUCCGCUGCCUUGGAGAAGAUGUUGAACAGACAGGAUCUCAACGUUAGGGAGAGAAACGAACGCACGGAACAGGUUUUGAGAAUCUUGGGCGGUGACGACGAAUAGUUUGGUUUAUGUUUGAAUAUAUUUACGAUUAAAUCCGGGAGUUUGGCUUGGAGUUUGGCUUAGAGUUUUGGUUGUCCAAAUCUGCGUAGUGGAUAUAACUAGUGUAUAGUGUAACAUGAGUAUUUUGCGAGAGAUCCAUCAGAAAAGUUCU